AUGUCUGCUGACGACAGGAAAGAAGAGACGGCGCAGAACCCGACCGAGUUCUUCGAGUCCAUCGGUAACAAGGUUGCGGGCUUCUCGGCCACCACUAAUGACGCCACCCAGGAAGACGAAGAGUAUCGACCCGUCGAGGAGAUUGAAUCGCUUUGCAUGAACUGCGGCGAGAAUGGCGUCACCCGCCUCCUUCUCACAGCGAUCCCCUACUUUCGCGAAGUUGUCAUCAUGUCCUUCUCCUGCGAGCACUGCAACGUGCAAAACAACGAGAUCCAAGCUGCCGGCACCGUCCAGCCAAAAGGAACACAUUACGAGCUUCGUCUCACAAGCCUCGAAGACUUUUCGCGGCAAGUCGUCAAGUCCGACACCGCCACCGUCAAGUUCAUCGAAAUGGAUCUUGAGAUCCCCCCGGGCCGCGGCCAACUCACGAACGUCGAGGGUCUGCUUACCACCGUCAUGGAUGACCUCGAAAUGAACCAAGAAGCCCGAAAAGAACAAUCUCCCGAAGUUGCCGAAAAGAUUGCCGAGAUCAUCACCAAAGGACGUUCCAUGCUCGCUGGUGACGCAUUUCCCUUCCGCUUCUAUGUCGAUGACCCGGCCGGCAAUUCCUUCAUCGCACCCGACCUCAAAGACGGCGUAGGAAAAUGGGAGAAGCGCGAGUUUGUCCGCACCCCGGAACAAAACGCCCUCCUCGGUCUCGGCGACACCACCGAAGCACCUGCCGACUUCACCAACCCGGGCCUCACGGCAGACGGUGAAAUCAUCCCCAACGAAGUAUACAGCUUCCCAGCCAGCUGUCCUGGCUGCAUGCACUCCUGCACAACGCAUAUGAAAAUGGUCGACAUCCCGCAUUUCAAACAAGUCGUCCUCAUGUCCACCGUCUGUGACCACUGCGGCUACCGCUCCAACGAUGUCAAAACCGGCGGCGAAAUCCCCGAGCUCGGCGAGAAAAUCACACUCACCGUACAAGAUGCCACCGACCUUGCCCGUGAUAUCCUCAAAUCCGAAACGUGCGGCCUCGAGUGUCCCGAGCUGCAGCUCCAAGUCAACCCUGGCACGCUGGGCGGGCGCUUCACCACAGUAGAAGGCCUCCUCACACAAGUCCGCAACGACCUGCACAGCCAAAUCUUCGAAGUCAACGGCCCGGGGCAAGGUGGCGACUCGCUGAGCUCCUCUGAAAAGACGCAGUGGGAUGCCUUCUUCGCGGGACUGGAUGCCGCCAUCAAGGGCGAAAAGGAAUUCACUGUCAUCCUGACGGAUCCGUUUGCGAGCAGUUUUGUGCAACCACUUGUCGAUCCACCUGCUCCUGAUCCCAAGAUUAAAAGGGAGAAUUAUCAGCGGACUGAAGAGGAGGAGGAGGAGUUGGGGCUAAAAGAUAUGAAGGUUGAGGGAUACGAGGAGCCUGAAAAUACCGGCGGCCAAGAUGAGUAA